AUGGAGGUUGGUGAAAUGGGUAGAAAGGAACCACAAACAGAGAUUCCAUGGAUUCCUACAACCCCUAUGAAGCCAAUUUUACCAAAAUCAGUUCCGAUCUGCCCUCCAGUGGAAGGAAACAACCAAACCCACCAUCAUGCUAAUGGAGCAGUUGCAUGUUCUGAAUUCUCAAAUGGGUCAGAGAAAAACAAAGAAUCCCAUCAUGGAUCAGUAUCUGUGGCUACAAUUGCAGACAUUGCAGGUUAUAAUAGCAAAAUCUGCGAAAAGACGGGUUCUCAUAAUGUUUCGUGUUGGAGUGACCUAGAUGGUUCGGCCAAAUUUUUGUUUCCGCCAGAAGGAGCUUCGUCGAAUUCGUAUUCAAAGCAGCUCGGAAACAAUAAUGGAUUGAAUGAUCUAUUUGGUCCUUCAGUUAUCGAAACAUCCGACAAUGCUUGCUGUAGCAAGAGAACUUCCCAGGGUGACGCUGCCAAAAUGCUUGACAAGGAUGAACCCUCGCCGAACAAAGAACUCAGCGACCUUGUUGUGGAAUUUACUGCUGUUUCUUCACCACUGAAGGAGAAUCACAACCCAGAUGAAGGGAGCAGCCUCUGUACAGGUCUGACUAAAACACCAGAAAAAAAGCCAAGGAGAAAAAAGCACCGCCCCAAGGUCAUUAGAGAAGGUAAACCCAAAAGAACCCCGAAGCCAGCUACCCCGAAGCCUGCGCAAUCAAAAGGAAACACAAUAGGCAAGAGGAAGUAUGUGAGAAGAAAAGAAUUGAACAAAACUCCUACUCCUGCAACAGAAAUGACAGGAGAACUCACUGAAAAAAUACCUGAAGCUGCCGAAAUGUCAUGUAGAAGGUCCAUAAAUUUUGAAAUAGGUGCAAAAGAUGAGAGUUCUGCAGGCAGAGGAAAUACAACUGCACUUCUGGACAAAGAAAAUGGUGUAGCCGUACAAGAAACAAAUGUUGGCCUUGCUUGUGAUUUAAACACUCCGGUUAAGCAUGCAUCAAACAGUUCCAUGUUAUUACCAGAAGAUACACAAGUCCCAGAUACAUCUUCACAAAACACCCACCCUGAGGCAAAGCCAAAAGAAACUGGUACAGCUCUGCAGGAAGUUGAGGUAGGCCUUGCCUAUGAUAUGAAGGCUUUCACGAAGCAGGCAGCAGAAAAUAAUUACCUAUCAAUUUGUAAUAAUGAACAUACCCCAAUUGUGCAUCCGUGCAAAGAAACUGGUGCAGAAUUGCAGGAUAUUGAUGUAGCUCUUGCAUAUGAUAUAGAGCCUCUCAUGAAGCAGGCAGCAGAAAAUAAUUGCAAGUCAUUUUGUAAUGUUGAACAAACCCUAAGUAUGUCUCCUUCAAAAACUAAUUCUACCGAGGAAAACUCAAAAGGAAACCUGACAGGAAAUAAGUACCAGAGAAGAAAACGAUUGAACAAGUCUACUAGCCAAACAGAAAUGACAGGAGGACUGACUGAGACAUUUAUGCCAGAAUCUAAAGAAACAACAAUAAGUAGGUUCUCAAUGGGAGCGGAAGAUGAAAGUUCUGCUCACAGACAAAUUGUAAAUGUGCAAAUGGAUGAUGUGGUAGAGGAAACACCUGUAGGCCUUGCCUAUAAAGACACUUGGAUGAAGCAGGCAUUACAUAGUUACAUGGCAUUACCUGAAGACCCAAACGGUGAGAGGAAGUGUGUGAGAAAGAAGAGAUCGGACAGGACUUUUACUCCAAAAAAAAUGGCAGGUGAAUUGACUAAACCAAUCAUCUCUGAACCUGCCAUUAUAUCGUGUAGAAUGUCCAUAAAUUUUGACACGGGAGGAAGAGAUGAAAGUAGUGUGUGCAAUGAAAGCCUCACCAAUGAUCAAAACACCUUGGUGAAAGAGAUAGUACAUCAUUACACAUCGUUGUCUGAAAACACACAAGCUCCAAGUACGUGUGUUCCAAAAAGAAAUCUUCUUGAAGUGAAGCAGAAUGCCAGGAACAAAAAUAAAAGAAAGGGUCUUGCAGAGGCUGAGGAUGGAAACAUCAGUAAUGCUCAGGCUUCAACAGUAAAGUUACAAAUAGUUCGUUGUGAGAGAGAGCAUUCUGAAACCACUGAAAGAGCAGAUAAUGGUCAAGCUUCAACGGUAAACUUACAAAUGGAAAUGGUUGGUUUUGAGGGAGAGCAUUCUGGAACCAAUGAACAUGCAGAUAACAGCAGCAUGAAUCUGAUCGGGGCACACUAUAAUAGAUUGCACUCAUACCAAUCAAAGUUUCCACUUCAGUUUCCAAGUACAUGUCUUCCAAAAUGCAAUCCUCCUGGAAGGAAGCGGAAUGCCAGGAACAAAAACAAAAGAAAGGGUCUCGCAGAGGUUGAGGACGGAAACGUCAGCAAUGGUCAGGCUUCAACUGUAAAUCUACAAAUGGUUGGUUGCGAGAGAGAGCAUUCUGGAAUCACUGAACGUGCAGAUAAUGGUGUUGCUUCAACAGUAAAGUUACUAAUGAAAAUGGUUGGUUGCGAGAGAGAGCAUUCUGGAACUACUGAACGUGCAGAUAACAGCAGCGUGAAUCUGGUUGGUUGCGAGAGAGAGUAUUCUGGAACCACUGAACGUGCAGAUAACAGCAGGGUGAAUCUGAUUGGGGCACACUCUAAUGGAUUGCACUCAUACCAGUCAAAGUUUCCACUUCAGUUUUCAAAUAUCCAGAAGAAAAGGAGAACUGAAAAGGGAAAAACUUCUAACACUCAUAUUACAUCUUCUGUGAUCACCAAAAAUGGAGUACCACUAAUAUUUGCUCCCGAAGAUGCUCACGUGCAUCCUUAUGCAUCAAAAUACAGCUCCUGGAUGUAUGGUUUGGGAUAUAAUGCAGCUGUACGCCCAAUCAUAAAUGAAUCUAGAGAAAAUUAUAUUCAGAAUACUCAAACAUUUGAUGAGUUCAAAUUAUGUUUGAGAAGGAUGGCAGAAAUAUCUCAAUUACCAAAUCAAACUUGUGAUUAUAAUUCACUAAUGAGAAUUAGAAACUGUAUUGAAAGAAAUUACAAUGCAAAACAACUGGACUUUUCAGACUGGCAAUUAAUACAAGAAGCAGAAAGACCACAAACAUGCGUUGACGUCUUAGCUGUGUCAUGUGCAAAAAAGAAGCGAAAUAGAAAGAGAAGUGAUCUUUCCAGCUCAAUGCGUCCUAACAAAGAUGAGAUGCAACAGUGCCAUAAUUCUGCAUUGGGAAACCACCAGCUAACACUGGGGAAACCAUCAGGUACUGCUCGGAGAGUAAUGCGGAAAAUAAUGCAUAAUGUUGAAGCAUUAACAGAGCAAUUUAGACAGCUAAACAUAAACACGGGAGCAAAAGAACUAGCCUUAUAUGGGCAGAGUGCACUUGUUCCCUUUCAGGGCUCAUUUGAUCCCAUCAAAAAACAGCGCCCACGACCUAAAGUUGACCUUGAUGAGGAGACUGAUAGAGUGUGGAAGCUUUUGCUGUUAGAUAUAAACCAUGAUGGGGUUGAUGGAACAGAUGAAGACAAGGCCAAGUGGUGGGAAGGAGAACGUAAUGUUUUCCGUGGACGAGCGGAAUCAUUUAUUGCACGGAUGCAUCUUGUACAAGGAGACAGGCGAUUUUCUCGAUGGAAAGGAUCAGUUGUGGAUUCAGUGGUGGGAGUUUUCCUCACUCAAAAUGUCACAGACCAUCUUUCCAGUUCUGCAUUCAUGUCACUUGCUGCUCGAUUUCCCAAAAAAUCAGGCAGCAUGUGCGGAGAAGGCACGAGCCUGACAGUCAACAAACAACAAGUGUGUGUGGUGGAACCAGAAGAGAACACCAAAUGUGAUGUAAACUUAUUGAAUGAAUCUGUUUGCAACCAAAGUUCUAUGACAGUAGAUAUAAUUGAGCAUUUUGAAGAAAAAACUGUCAACAGCAAUGAUUCCUGCAGAAUUACCAGUAGCCCGAUUAUCUUAACAGAUGAAUCAAACUUCAAAAGAACAGAAUCACCUCAAAGAAAUAGUACAGAAUGCCACGGCUCAAUGGUGGUGAUUGAGGACAGAGAAGAAAAAUCAUGUCAUGAUGGUACUGGGAAAGAGUUAAAUGACAUUAUUUCAUCCCAAUCCUCUGUCAUUUCAUCUCAAAUAUCUGGAGAUUUUUCAAAUAAUCAAAAUCCUGAAAAGAUAGGAUCAUGCUCAGAUAGCAACUCAGAAGUUGAAGAUCUGUCAAGCACGGCAAAAUACAACACUUGCGGUUCCUUCUCUAAGCUUCUUGAAAUGGUAAGUUCAACCAAGUUUUCUGAAGUUAACAGUCAAAGAAGCAAAUCAAUCGAGAACAUGAGAGAUGACAAUGCAACAGAAAGCUGGAAAAAAUCAAAUGACACACACAGAAACUUAGGAGAUCGUGAAGUUAACUGCUCUGAUCCUUUCAACACAGAAGCUUUGUCAUGUGGCAUCUUAAAGAAUAGAGAUGAAAAUGAGAUGAAUACACCUAGUUUUCAGACAGACAAAUCUGCAGGUUGUGUUGCAGUGACUCAUUCUCAAACUAUUGCAUCUCAAGUCCAUCCUCAGGAACAGAGUAAUCACAUGCAGCAAAGCUUUUUUGACAUUGCUGGACAAACUCUUGAUCUGAUUCAGAAAGAAAGGGAUUUAAAUUUUGGUGAUCACAAAGAUGUUGUGAGGAGUGAAACCAAGGAGAUAAGUUCUGCCCCAAUAAAGUUAAAGACCAAAAGUCAAGUAAAGGAGGAAAAGGAACAAAUUGACUGGGAUAGUUUACGAAGAAAAGCACAAGCUAAGGCUGGGAAAAGAGAAAAGACAGAAGACACCGUGGAUUCCUUAGACUGGGAUGCCGUGAGAUGUGCAGAUGUCGGUGACAUUGCUAAUACCAUCAAAGAACGAGGCAUGAACAACAGGCUUGCCGAGCGUAUUCAGAAAUUCCUGAAGAGACUGGUUGAUGAUCAUGGAAGCAUUGACCUCGAGUGGCUGAGAGACGUUCCACCUGACCAAGCAAAAGAGUAUUUGCUGAGCGUAAGAGGACUGGGAUUGAAAAGUGUGGAGUGUGUGCGCCUGUUAACACUGCACCAUCUUGCCUUCCCGGUAGACACAAAUGUUGGACGUAUAGCAGUACGCUUGGGAUGGGUACCUCUCCAGCCACUGCCCGAGUCACUACAGUUGCAUCUCCUAGAAAUGUACCCAGUAUUGGAGUCCAUACAAAAGUAUCUCUGGCCUAGAUUGUGCAAGCUAGAUCAAAAAACAUUGUAUGAGCUACAUUAUCAGAUGAUUACAUUUGGAAAGGUCUUCUGUACAAAAAGCAAACCAAAUUGCAAUGCAUGCCCAAUGAGAGCAGAAUGCCGACACUUUGCUAGUGCAUUUGCAAGUGCAAGGCUUGCCCUGCCUGGACCAGAGCAGAAGAGUAUAGUAAUUGCAGCUGGAAAUAGUGUGCCCGAUGAAAACCCACCUGUAGUCAUGAGUCAGUUGCAGUUGCCUCUUGCUGGGAACACAAACCAGGUGGAAGAAAUUCCCGAAACAGAAGUGAGCGGACAACUGGCAAGAUCUGAAGUAAAUAUCUGCCAACCUAUCAUUGAAGAACCGACAACUCCAGAGCCAGAAUGUUUGGAACAAACACUAGGUGAUAUCGAAGAUGCCUUCUACGAUGACCAGUGUGAAAUUCCUACCAUUAAACUUAACAUAGAGGAAUUCACUAUGAAUUUACAAAACUAUAUGCAACAAAACAUGGAACUUCAAGAAGGUGAAAUGUCAAAGGCUCUGGUUGCUUUGAAUCCAGAGGCUGCCUCCAUUCCUGCACCCAAGCUAAAAAAUAUUAGCCGAUUGCGAACAGAGCAUUGUGUUUAUGAACUCCCGGAUACGCAUCCUCUUCUGGAAGGGUGGGACAAGCGAGAACCUGAUGAUCCUGGCAAAUAUCUUCUUGCUAUAUGGACUCCAGGAGAGACAGCAGAUUCAACACAGGCACCUGAAUGCAAAUGCAGCUCUCGCGUAGAAUAUGGACAACUCUGCAAUGAGAAAGACUGUUUCUCAUGCAACAGUUUCCGUGAAGCAAAUUCACAGAUAGUUAGAGGAACACUUCUGAUACCGUGUCGAACUGCUACGCGUGGGAGCUUUCCGUUAAAUGGCACUUAUUUCCAAGUCAACGAGGUAUUUGCGGACCAUGAGUCGAGCCUUAAUCCCGUUAGUGUUCCCCGAAGUUGGAUCUGGAACCUCAAUAGGAGAACAGUAUAUUUUGGAACCUCCACAACAUCAAUAUUUAAAGGUUUAUCAACACAAGAAAUUCAACAAGCCUUUUGGAGAGGGUAUAUCUGUGUUCGAGGGUUUGAAAGGAAAGCGCGAACACCACGUCCUCUGAUGGCUAGACUACACUUCCCAGCUAGUAAAUUGGCCAAAACCAAAGAGAAGCCAAAAAAAGAACCAAAUCCAGCGAAGAAAUCACAAGUACCAAAACCAGCGGAGAAAUCACAAGAACCGAAGCCGCAUCCUGAACAGCCUGAACUGAUUACAAACGGUCACAGCCUUCAGGAGAAAGGAACAGCCUGA